GACUUUGAGGCACCCACGCAUCUGAGUGCUGGUAAACCCUAUUUCCUGUUACCUCAUCUUUAAACCUCCUCAUUUUUGAGGCAAUGCCCAAAGUGAAGAGAAGCAGGAAGCCUCCCCCAGAUGGCUGGGAACUGAUUGAGCCAACGCUGGAUGAGCUGGAUCAGAAGAUGAGAGAAGCGGAGACUGAGCCUCACGAAGGGAAGAGGAAAGUGGAAUCCCUUUGGCCUAUCUUCAGAAUUCAUCACCAGAAGACACGUUACAUUUUUGACCUCUUCUAUAAAAGAAAAGCUAUCAGCAGAGAGCUCUACGAAUACUGCAUCAAGGAAGGAUAUGCUGACAAAAACCUGAUUGCAAAGUGGAAGAAACAGGGUUACGAGAAUCUUUGCUGUCUGCGGUGCAUCCAGACGCGGGAUACCAACUUUGGAACCAACUGCAUCUGUAGGGUCCCAAAAAGCAAGUUGGAAGUGGGGAGAAUUAUUGAAUGCACUCACUGCGGAUGCAGAGGCUGUUCCGGGUGAAGAAUUUAGACACAGGACUCCUUUUUCAUCUCUGAGAGGUAUCGUCCUACGUUAUGGACUAUUCAUGCAGUUAGAACUACCUUCUGUGUGAUUGCAUCUUUCUGAAUUGCCAUUAGAACAGCAUCGUACUUACCUGGAUCAUAUCUGUAUCUGUAUACAAUUGCUGUUGUUUUGGAGUAGCUUUCUGUGUAGCCCUUUGAUUUUAAAAUAAACUCCACCUUUCUGAGA